UUUUGCAUCAUGCUGGCAUAUGCUCAACCUCGAGGAAGCAAUGUGCAGCGCGGCCUAGUUAAGAUGAAGUGGGUGGCGAUUGAAGUUGCAACGCAUCCGCCAGUGGGAAUAGAACGGACGAUUGUCGUGAGAUUGGGACGCCAUUUCAUAUAAUCCGAUACCAACGCAGUGGUACCACGAGGCGAUCGCACAUACAGAUUCAUGAACAGAAACUAAUAUCGAGAUGAAACGCCCCUCCGAUGGAUUGCACUCGCGCACCCUCCACAAGCGGCCCAUCUUCGCGCUCUGCGAUGUCUGCCUUAUCCUUCAAUCGCUCAUGCUUCUUCGCGCCCUCGUUACCGGUUCUGAUAACAGAGAUAAACCAUACAAGGAUGAUGGCUUGCCUAGCGAUGUGGGAGGCUCGCGGGCGUCAUUAGUAUGCUGCAUAUCAGCUAGUUGCUGCAGAUGAUGUUUCUUGGACCGUCUUUGCUCCGAUUCAUUCGCGGUCCGUCAACGUGUCAGCCUCGAGCACUGUGGCACCCGAUGUCGACACGAAAGCGCUCGUGCUCUCGUAACUCCGUCAUUUUAUUCAGAUGCACCGUGUCUUUCGCGCCUUACGAUCUUCGACGACCUCGCGCAAGAGUCCAUCACGCUCUGCUGCAAUUCCCUCCGUGCCGUUUCCUGGAUGAUCGUAAACACACGCACUUUUCGUUUCCUACGAUCGUUACCCGUGCUUGGUCGUGGUGCGUGUUGGAUGACCACUAGUACUUACACUUGUUUGGCUGCACGGACAAUGACUUGCGACACAUGCUCACC